AUGCGCUGGUGGAACACUCUCGUCCUGGCUGCGUGCGCUGGCCAGACAGCUGCGCACGCGAAUCACAACGACCAUGGCCUGCCAAAGCUUGCUGGGGCUCGAAGAUUUCUGUCCGAGUUUAAGGAGGGAAGGAGAUGGGAUGACCAGGCGCGGGCCAUACGGAGAGCAGAAAUGAUAGAGGCUCGGGACGAGGAGGAACUCGAGAAGCGAGCUGAGCUUGAACCGCGACAGAGAGGCGCACGGUGUGGUAAGAGCCGCGGGAGUUGCGCGGCCAACCAAUGCUGCUCGGCCGAAGGUUAUUGUGGUACGGGAGAAGAUUACUGCACUUCACCCGACUGCCAAAUCAACUACGGGCCGGCAUGCGACGGUAACCAGAAGCCUGACGGCGAGGAUACGUCGUCUAUUGCGCGAACGAAAGUGGGCAAGGUACAAUAUGGCGGCGUGGGCAUUUACGACUGUGUAAACAAAGGUGAUAUUGCUGUCACCUUUGACGAUGGCCCAUACGAGUAUACCAACGACCUCCUCGACAAAUUGACCAAAUAUGAAGCGAAAGCCACCUUUUUCAUCACCGGUAACAACAUAGGAAAGGGAAAGAUUAAUGACCCAGCCUUGCCCUGGGCUUCCGUCAUCCAACGAAUGGCGGCCGAAGGUCAUCAGAUCGCGAGCCAUACGUGGUCACACGAAAACUUCAGCCAGUUGACUACAGCUCAGUUCAAGAAUCAGAUGAUAUGGAACGAGAUUGCGUUCAAUGAUAUUCUUGGAUACUUCCCUACCUAUAUGAGGCCACCCUAUUCCAUAUGCCCCGCUGCUUGUCAGACUCAGUUAGCUAACCUUGGAUAUCACGUCGUGUACUUUGAUCUGGACACGGAAGGAUACCUUCACGACGACCCCAAGCAGAUCCAGACUAGCAAGGACAUCUGGGACGAUGCAGUCGAUGGGUCCAGCCCGUGCGAGGAUAGUUACCUCGAGAUCGAGCACGACAUCCACUACCAGACCGUCUACAACCUCACAGACUAUAUCCUCGAGUCGCUCUUCAGCCACGGCUAUAGGUCCGUGACCGUCGGGCAAUGCUUAGGCGACCCCCCGGAGAACUGGUACCGUGCCGGUACCGGUAAGGUCCCCGAGUAUAGCUUCACCAUCCGUGCUCCGACCGGCACCUGGUCUUGCCUGAGUCCUACACGCACCACCAGCACAAGCAAGCCGACUAGCACGCUAAAGGUCAGCACGGACGGCCGAUGCGGCGACGGCGUAACUUGCGUGGGCUCUAAAUACGGAAACUGCUGUUCUACUAACCAAUGGUGCGGCGGCUCCAUCGACUACUGCGGUUCGAACUGCCGCCCGGAAUUCGGCACCUGCUCCUCGGCGGACUCGCAGAUCCCAACUAACCUCCCGCUCCCGAACGGGCCGGGGACUCCUGACGACCCCGUGACUACCGCAACGUCCGGACCUGCCCCCACCGGAACGCUUACGCCUUCGAUUGAGGGAAACUGCGGUGACGGAUUCACGUGCGAGGGAUCGGGAUUUGGAAACUGCUGUUCACAACACGGCUGGUGCGGCUCGACAAUCGACUACUGCGGCUCAGGGUGCCAACCAGGAUUCGGAUCAGGAUGCCAGGCAAGCGACCCAUCUCCCUCCCCUCCGGCAACUUCACUACCUCCUACCAGCACCAGUGCGUCGCCCACCUCAUCAUCUACCGUCACCACUCCGUCUUCAACAUCAACAUCAACAUCAACAUCAACAUCAGUGACAUCACCACCACCGGCAUCAACAACAACAACUAAGACGGGGACGAGCAGUAGUAGCAGUAGCAGUAGCAAAACGACCAAGACCUCGAAAUCCACUAGCAAGUCCUCGUCGUCCACCAAGAAAUCCACCUCGCAUUCAACUUCCCACUCGACGUCUCAUUCCACCAGCCAUUCUUCUUCGAAGACCAAGACGACCAAGACUAAGACGGAGGAUCGAAGGGCUGAGGAGACACAGGGGGGACUAGGUUAG